UAUCGAUAAUUUGAAAUUCCAAGACUUUACCAUUUUCUCUUUCUUUGCGUUGUAUUGUCAAUUUUGUUAGAUCAGCUUCUAGAAAAAUUUGAUUCAUUUAUUAAAGGGAUGUCAGAGUAAGAUCAUAAUUCAAAGGAGUGUCGAUACAAUUAAUCCUGUAAUUAUUGUGUUUCAUAUAUUGUGAUUGUACAUAUAUGAAAUAUGAAAAAUUCAAGAGUACUAUCAUAUAAAAUGUAAAUUUUUAUGUUUUUAUUAUAUCAUGGAAACUUCAGAGUUAACAGAAGAAAGUCCUAUGAGAAGUUCAUUUACAGUUGAUGAUUUAGAUAUUGAGAUACUACCACUUAUUUAUGAUAUAUUAAGAAGUGUGGAGAAAGAUCCUCAUGAUACAACUCAAAAAGCAAAAGAAUCACAAGAUACUAGUCAUAAAAUAUUAGAAUUACAAAAAAAAUUGGAUUCUGCAAGAGCUCAGAUUAAACGGUUACCAGGAAUAGAAUAUAGUAAAGAAGAACAGUUACAAAAACUUGAAACACUUCGUAAGCAGCUUCGGCUCAAGCGUGAACUUUUAUUGAAAUAUCGUAAUAUGUGUACAUUUGAAGUACCCAAGAUAUAAAUAUAUAGAUUUUUACUAUAGCAAAUCGUUUUUAAGAAAACUACUCAACAUGGGUUUUAUACGUUUUCUUAUGCGAUACUUAAUGAAUAAUGAGCAAUUAAUCAAUAAAUUAGCAGA